AUGAACAACAAUCAAAACGAUCAUAUUCGUUUCCAGCUGCAAACAGCCGUCAUGAUCGCCACUGAUGUUGCUAGUCGCGGUCUCGAUUUUUCUGACGUCGACUGGGUCGUUCAAGUUGAUUGUCCUGCAUCUGUAGAAGACUAUAUCCAUAGAGUAGGCCGAACAGCUCGAAUGAAUCAGUCUGGACAUGCUGUUCUUUUUUUGACAUCGUCUCAAGAAGGAGCCUAUGGUCGCAGCUUUACCGCAGAUCCAAGAGCGUUGGUUGAUAUACGAACGAAGAUGCAAGCAACACUUUCUCAGUUUCCUGAACUGAAUCAAUUCGCACAAAAGAGCCUUGUUGCUUAUCUUCGAAGCAUAUAUAUGAUGCGAAACAAGAAAGUUUUCGACGUCACCACUAUUGAUGCCGCUGCAUUGGCCGCAUCUUACGGUCUCGUCACUGUGCCCAGAGGCGCCAAGGAUAAAGAAGAUGUUGGUGGAAAGAACUCAGCAACACCCAGACUCCCGAAGAGUGAUGCAGAAGAAGAGCAUCACACAGCAGUUGGAAGUUUUGACGUUAAUGAGGAAAACGAAGACAUUAUGGUAGUGAAAAAGAAGGACGUGUUCAGUUUGCUAAAACAAGACCCAGAGCCGGCAGGUAUUGCAGAGCAAGCUACGUCUAGAAAUAAGGCGAACACAAAGGUUGUGACUAAGAUGAGUGCUGCCAAGAAGUUGUUGAAUAAAAAGCUGAAAGUUAACGUGCGGAAGGUCUAUAAUGAAGAAGGAGAACCUGUGAAGGUGGACGGUGUGGUGGAGAAAACCGAGAGCGCAGGCUUGGAUAUCGCAUCAGCCAAGGAAUCUAUCAAGCAAAGCAGUGUGGAAGAUCGGAAACGACAUAAAGCCUUAUUGAAACAGAAGAAAAAGGAGGAGAAAGAGCGUUUGAAACGAAAGAGGAAUAGGGAUAGAGGAGAAGACUUGGAUAUGGGUGAAGGUGGAGGCAGUGGGAUUGACAGUGAUGCAGAUUUGUCAUUUUUGCCAGAUCCUGAUGAAGUUCGGAAAAGAUAUGCAGAGCAAGCUCCAGAAGAACAAACUGUGGAGAGGAUUCCACGGAACCACCUGCUCCGUUGCGAAAACGACGACGGCAGCGCAAAGAAAUCAUCAGCACGGAGGAGCAAGCUCUUGCCCUUCUUAACCCCUUCUGAGCGGUUUGAAUUAAUUGAGCAAUUCGAUUGUUAUCUUAUGGCGGUGUCAUACAUACCCGCCGGUAGAAUAGCUGUGAAUGAAUUUCAUCGGAGAGCAGAUGAUGAUGUCAUUUACUGGAAGAGGAUGCAGUGUUUCCAAGAGCCUUCGUCGGUGACUUCAGUUGCGUUCAGCCCUAAUAAACCGUACAAUGUAGCAUCAACGAGUUCAGUCAGGCUGUCCUUGUAUGAUACAGUCGUUUGUGAGCCAAUUAAUAUGUUCAGCAGGUUCAAACGUGCUGUUUAUGGUGUGAAAUUUCGUCAUGACGGGGAAUUGAUAGCAAUCGGUGGAGAAGAAGGGAAAGUCCGUGUAUUUGACGUAACACGGUCGAGUGGGGUGGGUAAGGCCCCGUUGCGCAGUAUCAAGGCUAGUCAAGCGACUGUUCGUUGUGUAGAAUUUUCGUCUUGUGGUAAAAUGCUGUACUCCAUGGCUAGUGAUGGACGGGUCAAACAGUGGGAUAUUGCAGAUACAGGGUCGACACCUGUGAUUGAUUUUGCUGCUCAUCAGGACGAGAUUCGAGCGACUGCCAUUUCUACUCCUAACCAUAAUUUGUUCUUAACGGGUGGAUACGACCAUAAGGUCAAAUUGUGGGACUCACGGUGUGCAAAUGAUGGUCCAAGUGUGGAAAUGGAUGCAGGAUCUCCAGUGGAAAGCGUAAUCUUUUUGAACAAUGAACACCUCAUAGCAACAGCGGCCGGCCCAGUUGUUAAAAUCUGGGAUAUUGCUGUUGGUGGGCGUUUGCUUAUUUCACUACAACAACACCACAAAACUGUCACAUCGCUCUGCCUUGGCGCUAGCGGUGAUACUCUUCUUACUGGUGGCAUCGACCGAAGAGUGAAUGCGAUCCGCCUUCUUGACUUUUCAUUGCUACACACAAUGUCCAUGGCGGCACCUGUGUUGAGUCUGGCCAUGUCUGGUGACGAUCAAACUAUGGCAGUUGGAAUGGGACAGUUGCUUGCCAUUCAUCGCCGAGCGCCAGAAGCCAAGUCUGUUGUUAGGCUCAAGGUCGUCCAACGUUUCCAAUGUUUCGUACUGGCGGCCCCCGAAGUGCAAAUGCACAGAGGCAGAAAUCAAGGGAGAGUGUGGAGAUCAGGGCAAAGUCCACAUCGCUUGUCGAAGGUGGACUCUUUACUGAAGGGCUAUCAACACGCAGCAGCCAUUCGAAAAAUGUUCCAGUGUAAGUGCUAUUACUCGAUGGGGACGCAUUGCCACUCGAAAAGGCGUUGUAUCUACACCAAAAAGAAAAUAGUGGACAGCACAUUUCGAUAUCGCCUAAAAAAGUGGGUCUAUGGAAAUGAGGAAUUGGACCCCAAAGUAGCGAAAUUAGCGCUCGCCUUGAAAACGGCUGUGGCGAAAGAGCUGGUCGUACAGAAGCAGCUUGCACAAACGUUGGGUGCUUUGGAAUCGAUAAUAAAUGGUGCACGUGUCGCUUCGUUACGUUAUGAGCCUCUUCAGGACAAGCAAACGCUAGCUGAACAAGGUUUGAGAGAAUUAACCACGAAACAGGGAGACCCAUUCGGUUUGUUCGGUCAGCCGGCGAUAGGCUCCGUCACACUUGAUUUGCUCGACACGAAAGGAUAA